AUGGAUAUAGUUAUUGCACAUUGUAAAGGAACAUUAGUUCGAAGAACAUAUGAAUUUCAUAAGAUGUUGAAAAGGAAAUUCAUUGUGAAUGAAAUAUUUGAAACUGAACUCAACUUUGUUACUCAACUCAAUAUGGUUAUUUUCUUGUUUAAAAAACCAUUGGAAGAUGCUAAUGGAAAAAUCCUUCCUAAACUUCUAAUACGAACAUUAUUCUAUAAUAUAGAUCAAGUUAUGACUGCAGCAUGUAUGAAUGCCAAUAUUUUUCAAAAAUGUAUUGUAAAUUGGAAAUAUGAUUCAUGUUUUGGAAAAAGUAUUCUUUCAACUUUAAAUAAUAUGUUACCAUUAGUUGAAUAUACACUUCGUUCAGAUAUGCAAAAGAAAGAAUUAGAGAAUGCUUAUAAAAACAAGAUUUUUAAAGGAUUUGUUCAACUAAGUUGUAGUGAAGAAACAACAAAGAAAUUAUCAUUAGAAGAUUUAUUGAUAAGUCCAAUUCAAAGAUUAAUGAGAUAUCAUACAUUAUUAACUGAACUACUAAAAUAUACACCAUUAAAACAUCCAGAUUAUAAAUAUACUGUAAAAGCAGAUCAAAAAUUUCAUGAUUUAGUUAUUGCAACAAAUACACGAGCUAAACAACAUGAUUUAUUGUUAACAUGUGCAUCAGUUAUUUAUGGAAUGGGAGAAUUAAUUCAACCAUGGAGAUAUUGUAUUUAUUAUGAAGAAUGUUAUAUAAAUGGAUUAAAAACAAAAUCAAUGUGUUUUUUAUUUAAUGAUGUUAUUAUUUGGAUGGAUAAUAUUAUUCCAUUAGUUAUCAAACAACAAGUAAGUUAUUUUUUAAAGUUUGAAGAAACAAAUCAAAUAUAUUUAACAGAAAUUACAAAUCAUUUUAAAUCAAUUAGAAUACCAAAUUGUUAUGAAAUUAUACUAAAAAAUAAACGUUAUAGUUUUGUAUUUCUUAAACAUGAGAAUUUAAAUACAUGGGCUAAUGUAUUAGAUACUUAUUUAAAUUCUAAAUAA